AUGAGCACUAUUCGUCAAGAUUAUUGGAUCAUUCGCGCGCGAAGCCUCGUGAGAUCCGUGAUUCAUAAAUGCCUGAUCUGCAUUCGAGAACGUGCCGCGGUGCCCACGCAACUCAUGGGCGAUCUGCCGUCUAUGCGCGUUUCGCCCUCGCCGCGCAGUUUUGCGCAAUGUGGCGUCGAUUACGCUGGGCCGGUUCAGGUACGCGCAUUCGCCGGCCGAGGUGUUGCAUCGCGAAAGGCCUACAUUGCCUUGUUCGUUUGUCUCGCCACGCGCGCGAUCCAUUUAGAGUUGAUUAGCGAUUACUCGUCUCCCGCUUUCCUGAACGCGUAUGUAAGAUUCUGCUCGCGUCGAGGUCUUCCGCGCAUCAUGUACUCACAUAACGGGACGACCUUUGUCGGUGCUGAGAAAGAACUUAAGAAAGCCUAUUAUUCAGCUCUUCGCGAUCCUCAAUUUUUAAAUAAAACCGCGUGUGACAACGUUCAGUGGCUGUUUAUUCCGCCAUCUGCGCCGCAUUUUGGCGGGAUGUGGGAAGCCGGCGUGCGUAGCGUGAAACAUCACUUACGUCGCGUCAUCGACAAACAUACCCUCUCGUUCGAAGAAUUUUCUACGCUCUUAUGCACCAUCGAGGCAUGCUUAAACUCGCGCCCCAUCGUUCCCUUGUCUGAGGCUUUCGACGAUUAUGAUUAUCUAACGCCAGGGCAUUUUUUGAUCGGUUCGGCUCUUACCGUCGCUCCGGAACCAUCGAUACUUCACCUCAACGAAAGUUGA